UAAUUUUUACAGAUCAGAUGCCAGGUAAAACUAUGAAAGUUCAAAUAUAUAUUAAUCCAGAUGCAGAAACCUGAUAAAUCUGCGUCUAACUCGAAAGGAAAAUCCAAUUCUACCUCUUUACGUCGACGGACAAAUCAACAAAAUAUGGUACCAAAAGCCCAUCUUAUAAAUGAUGGUCCAUCAGUUUCAUAUUGCCGGAUAAGUAGUUCAAAUGAAGAAAUAAAAUUAACUGAUUUAACGAGCAACAAAUACAAUAACCAACAUUUAAUGAAAGCAAAAGAUUCAAAUAUUUAUCUAAAUGAUUUGGAUACAGGAGGAGGGACAGGGCGUUCUAAUUUUCUAAGGAUAAUUCUCGUAGUAUUUCGGAGUCUGAAUCGGAAGACUUCAGCGUUCAAAUUUCACACAAUAAAUUUCAAACAAAUAAUGGUGGAAUUAAUCAUAUUGAAUCAGAUGAUUUAAAUGAUGAUGAUUUGUCAAAACUACUCCCUCAAUCAGCAAGUAACAGAAUUCGUCGUUUUUCGGGCGAUCCAAAUGAACAUAAUGAGCAUCAAGAAGAAGCAUCAUGUACAAUUGCUUUGCAAAUAUCUUUUCCUUUUUUAAUGGCUGGUAUGGGAAUGGUGUGCGCUGGCCUCGUUUUAGAUAAAGUUCAACAUUGGGAAGUCUUUGAGAAAGUGUCUGAAGUUUUCAUUCUUGUUCCUGCUCUGCUUGGAUUGAAAGGAAACCUUGAAAUGACCUUGGCUUCAAGACUUUCAACAGUAGCUCAUCUUGGACAUCUGGAUGAUCCUAAGAAAAAAUGGUCAAUAAUUGGAGGAAAUAUGAUUUUAGUUGAAGCUCAGGCCAGUGUGGUGGCUUUUCUUGCAUCUCUUGUUGCAAUGGUAUUAGGGUGGAUACCUGAUGGAAAAUGGGAAACAAAUCAUGCUCUUAUUCUUUGUGCAGGAAGUUUACUUACGGGAGCUAUUGCUUCUGGAAUUUUAGGUGCAAUCAUGAUUCUUGUUAUUGUUUUAUCACGGAAAUGUGGAAUAAAUCCUGAUAAUGUGGCAACACCUAUUGCUGCUUCAUUGGGAGAUUUGACAACUUUAUCUUUACUAUCUGGAAUUGCGCAGGCGUUAUACGAUAUCUUGUUGAAUCCAUCAAAAGUUUGGAUAGUGUGGUUGAUUAUUGCUUUGUUUCUGCUCGUUACUCCAAUUUUAGUAUUUCUAUCAUAUCGAAACAUAUAUACGAGAGACGUCAUACAGAACGGGUGGUUUCCAAUUCUUUCUGCUAUGGGUAUAAGUAGUGUUGGAGGUUUUAUUCUUGAUUUUGCUGUUUCCAAUAAUCCUGGUAUUGCUGUAUUUGCUCCUGUAAUCAAUGGAGUUGGUGGUAAUUUUGUAGCCGUUCAAGCAAGUAGAAUCUCAACUCAUUUACACAAAUCAGAUUAUCCAUUGGGAACACUACCAACAACCAAAUCAUCUGAUUGUAUCACUCCAUGCUUUUUAUAUUGUGGUCAAGGUAAUGCACAUGGGAGGAGUGCCAGGGUAAUGACAAUGAUGGCGGUUCCGGGACAACUUGUAUUUUUACUGACAAUCAGAUUUUUGCAAGCUGGUCACACAUCAAUAACUCCACAAUUUGUUAUCAUGUAUCUGGCUGUUUCUGUUAUACAGGUUGUUGUUUUAUUGUAUGUCUGUCACUGGUUAGUUCAUCGUUUAUGGAGAAAUAAAGAAGAUCCAGAUAAUUGUGCAAUUCCUUAUCUAACAGCACUCGGUGAUUUGCUUGGAACUGGUUUACUUUCUCUAGGAUUCCUUAUUUUAUGGACAAUUGGAGACAGGGAUUUAGAUGUUGGCGAUUAGGGUAAAAUUUUAAGCCAUAUUGCCUUUGCCAAAAGGCUUUCUCGCAAUAUUUUUAAACAGCAAAAUUAUAUAUUUAUACAUUGUUUGAUUAUUGAAUACUGGAACUAGGUUUAACAUGUGUUAAUUGAUAUCAGCAACAAAAGGGUGAGGAUAUGAAUAACCAAUAAUUCAUUUUAUUUGACAAAAAAAUUUAAUGAUGUAUUGGUGUGGUGUUUUUUAUUAUUAUCCAACUUAACUCUUAUGAAGUUAUUUUGGAGCAUUGGUACUGUAGGCAAAAUAAAGGCCUUGGUACACAUGCAUUUGAAAGAAAACUACCGUAGUUGAUGGGACAAUAAAGCACUUUAUUUAUAAUCUAGUGGUGAUAAUAUGCAUGACCCUGUUUAAGAAAGUUGUUGAUGCAAAUUGUAAUAGUAUUAUCCAUCUCAUGGCUCAUUAUUUCAUAGACUUGUGGUGAACUAAAACCUCUAUCUGUAGUUCUUUAAACAGCUAUUUUACUUGUCAUUAGACGUAUGGUAUUAUUGUGUAUAAGCUGCAUAUAUUAUGUCACUGCCAUAUUUUGUGAUAAUAUUUGCACAUUUUUAUGAAUUAUAAAUAUUUCGUGACUAACCAAUAUCCUGUCAUUUGGUGAUGUUUGUACUUAUAUAAUAUGAAUUGUCUUCCUCUAAUGGUAUGGUAAAAAGGGCGAAAUUUUUCGUAGCUAAUCACCUCUAUCUUUAGUAGCGUAGAUAUGUUUAUUAUCAUAGUUUCAUUUUCCUUAGUGUGAAAUUUUAAAUUUAUUUGUCAUCUGCUGAAAAUAGUGCCUCAACUAACAUGACAACACAUCAUCACUAGCAUAUAUUUUGUUGGUGUGCAAUCUGUAUAAAAAGUAAAUAAAUAUAUAUCUCUUGGAGAUGUCAUUUGGAAAUAAAA